CGCGCGGCCCGGGGGCGCAGGUCUGCAGAGUGACUGGCUCCCGGGCGAGGACUCACACCGAGAGCUCGUGCGCACUCUCGGAGCCCACCGGGCUGUGCCCGCCUUGGGUUCGCCCCGAGCGCCGGACACCGGCUGGGAGCCCUGGCGUCCGCAACUGUCGGUGGGGCAGGGGGCUUCGCGGAGUCCUGGAACCCAAGCAGCGCUGGGUCCUCUGGUUGUCCCCUGGAGGGGAGGGCCCACGGGCGGCGACAUCGGAGCGCGCCCUUCCCACGGUGCGGUGGACUUGGGCGUCACCGGCUUGGGGGCGUUUCCUGAGACCCCCAGAAAUCCCAGAGGCGAGGUAACCUGAAGCCUCGACAGACCGAUCCUGGGGUCAGAGUGCCCCACCACUGCUCUCCAUCGGGAGAAACUCACCCGCGGCCAAGGCUGAAGUUCGAGGCCCUACCUUCCUGGUGAAGUGACAGUUUGUGGAUAGACAAGCUCAGACACAAGACGUUGUCACCACAGAUUGGCACUCGGUGGCCUGCGUGGCCCCAUCCAGUCAACAUGGUAGACACAGAAAGUCCACUCUGUCCCCUCUCCCCGCUCGAGACCGAGGACCUGGAGAGCCCCUUAUCUGAGGAAUUCUUAAAAGAAAUGGGAAACAUUCAAGAGAUUUCUCAGUCGAUCGGUGAAGAGAGUUCCGGAAGUUUUAGUUUCACAGACUACCAAUACUUAGGAAGCUGUCCGGGCUCUGACGGCUCCAUCAUCACAGACACCCUCUCUCCAGCUUCCAGUCCAUCCUCAGUCAGCUGCCCUGUGGUCCCAGGCUGCACGGAUGAGUCCCCGAGUGGCAUGCUGAACAUCGAGUGUCGAAUCUGUGGGGACAAGGCCUCGGGCUACCACUAUGGCGUCCAUGCGUGUGAAGGCUGCAAGGGUUUCUUUCGGCGAACUAUUCGCCUAAAGCUGGUGUACGACAAAUGUGAUCGGAGCUGCAAGAUUCAGAAGAAGAAUCGGAACAAGUGCCAAUAUUGUCGUUUCCACAAGUGCCUGUCCGUCGGGAUGUCACACAAUGCAAUUCGUUUUGGGCGAAUGCCGAGAUCUGAAAAAGCCAAGCUGGAAGCAGAAACCCUGACCUGUGAACGUGAACGGGAGGACUCCGAGACUGCAGACCUCAAAUCCCUGGCCAAGAGAAUUCACGAGGCUUACCUGAAGAACUUCAAUAUGAACAAGGUCAAGGCCCGAGUCAUCCUCGCGGGAAAGACCAGCAACAACCCACCUUUUGUCAUACAUGACAUGGAGACCUUGUGUAUGGCCGAGAAGACACUGGUGGCCAAGAUGGUGGCCGACGGCAUCCAGAACAAGGAGGCAGAGGUCCGCAUCUUCCACUGUUGCCAGUGCAUGUCCGUGGAGACCGUCACCGAGCUUACAGAAUUCGCCAAGGCCAUCCCAGGCUUUGCAAAUUUGGACUUGAAUGACCAAGUCACUUUGCUAAAGUAUGGAGUGUAUGAGGCCAUAUUCACAAUGCUGUCUUCUCUGAUGAACAAAGACGGGAUGCUGAUAGCCUAUGGCAACGGCUUCAUCACGCGUGAGUUCCUAAAGAACCUAAGAAAACCGUUCUGUGAUAUCAUGGAACCCAAGUUUGAUUUUGCCAUGAAGUUUAAUGCCCUGGAACUGGAUGACAGCGAUAUCUCCCUUUUCGUGGCUGCUAUAAUUUGUUGUGGAGAUCGGCCCGGCCUUCUAAACAUAGGAUACAUUGAGAAGAUGCAGGAGGGGAUCGUGCACGUGCUCAAGCUCCACUUGCAGAGCAACCACCCGGAUGACACCUUUCUCUUCCCAAAACUUCUCCAAAAAAUGGUGGACCUCCGGCAGCUGGUCACCGAGCAUGCACAGCUGGUACAGGUCAUCAAGAAGACUGAGUCAGAUGCGGCCCUGCACCCGCUGUUGCAGGAGAUCUACAGGGACAUGUACUGUUAAAGAGAGAGAGAGAGAGAGAGAGAGAGAGAGAGAGAGAGAGAGAGCGCCAGCACUGUCCAUGGACCUCUGAGGUUGGCAGGCCCUGCACAGGAGAGACCAGAGCAGCAGGGAAUUGCACAGAUGGAGAGGACUGAGCCUAGGUAACCAGCCUCUGCUCCAUCUUUCCCUUUCCAACUGGCACUUCUGAGAGUGAGCCUGCUGGUGAUUGCAGGCUACUAGAAUCCAGAAAACUACAGAAAAUGACAGUCCCCAGUCUGAUAUUAACUGACCCAAUGUUAAUCAAUGCCCAACUCUCUAUCAUGUUUGUAAUUGGCCACUAAUUAAUGGGUAACAUCAAAGUCCGUGUUUUGUUCCCUACCCCCCUUCCUUCUGGCUGUGUAUACCCUUGUAAUCCAAAAAAACGAAUCAGCGCUUUUUAACCUUUAAAACCCUGAAAGACAGGAUGUGGCCAGAGGCUAUUUAAACAUGACAAAAAUAUGUAUUGGGAAGACUUGAGUUCUGUUUCCUAGCUCUGAAGAAACACAGUGGUCUUCAUUUUAGCCAUAGGAGUAAGAGACAUCAAGAAUGGAUUGAUAAGCUAUCAAAAUGCAGCCCCGUUGUCUUCUUGGUUCGGUUUACGUUUGGGGAGGUUACAAGCAAUGUGUAAAAAAGCUUGUUUCCAGGCUUGCAUAGACAAUCCCAGAAAGCCAGAUCUCAAGAAGCUGAAGGAGGUUUAAGCCAGUGUCUGAUAAGCAGAGACAGGAUGAUCCCUACGCACCAAGUACUCUCUGUCUUGCACCUCUGUUCUUGUCCAGCUGCAACUGGCCCGGUCUGGCAGUGUGCGGGCUUGACAGGGAUUCUAGGGACAAAUUCACAUUGAUUUAUAAACGUUUCUCCAGACCCCUUUUGGCAGCUCCUCUGUCCUCACUGUGCUCCCUUUGAAAGUGACACUUUGUAUUUUUUUAAAACUCUUGGUGAUAGAUGCUCCCUGGAGGGGAGGAGGGAAGAGUGACUUUAGCAUCCAGGCUGGGAGGGGCUGUUCACCCUGGAGAACAAGACGAAGUGAGAGACCCUUCACCUAGUAGUCGUGCCCAGUCCCAGAUUUCACAACACUUGGUUAUUAUUAUUUUUGUUUUACAAAGAAUUAGAUGGUCAAGUUCUUUUCCCACCAUAUACAAGAUAUAGUUUUUUCAACGUCUAAAAUACUACUUUUAGCCCUAAAGAUCAACUCAGCCGCCAGUCCGCUGGGAAAGCAAUAUUGGCUGCCUUAUGAUAAACUGUUGCACAAGGAAUUCACAGUGGUCCCUCUGCCGGACCUCAGGGAGCCUACUGGCACCUGGCCUCCAAGGGGUGGCUGCACAUUUCAGACCAGGUCCGGCCUUUUGCAGCUCCCUCACCUGUAGAAAAUUUGUCUCUUCUGAGAUUGUCAUUAUUUCUUGUUAAAGAAUGUUCAGAAUUAGGGUUGGAGAGAUGGCUCAGCGAUUAAGAGCACUGGCUACUCUUGCAGAGAACCUGGCUUUGGCUCCCAGC